GGGGGGGGUGCACGUCCCCUGGCUUGUCCCAGCCGUGGGCCACCCAGCCCACCGUCACCCACCUGCGGUCCCCUCUGGACACAAGCGCUUCCCCAAAAGCUUCUAAACCCCCAGGGGGGAGGGAGGGGGGGGGUGACCCUGACCCACGCCUGGCACACGGGGCUGAACUCCAGCCCCACGGCAGUAACAAAACCACUUUUAUUCCUCCCUGCGUAGCGGUAGGGAACAGCUCGGUGACCCCCCCUGUGAGGAUCUCCUGUGACACCGCACCUCUGCCGCCGGGAAUACCGGCUUCUCCGCAGCCCGCGUGCGGCGGGAAGGGUCGGUCCCGGGCACGUUCCUGGUAGCGAGGGAUCAGAGCAUCCCAAGGGCGGCUGGAAGCGCUGCCAGCCGGAGGGGGAGAAGCUCGGAAAACCUUCUCGUGCUCUCGCCAAAACCCACAGUGCGGGUUCGCUUGGCCGGUGUCAGCCUGCGGGGCCGGGGAGAGCCGCCGGCUGCUGCCGGCUCGGGAAGUUAUGAGUGGGAUGGCACUGGGGGGAUCUGCCUCUGUCGGUUUUGUAUCGUUGGAUGAGAUGUUCCCAGCUAUCGUGAUCAAGAGGGGAGGAGAAAUCCUCCUGUGUGUUGACAGGCGCUUGCCAUCUCUCUCUGGUGGUGAAUUUAAAAUGCCUGGUCCCCUCUUUGGAACCGGAGCUUUGCUCUGCCGGCCCCUCGGUCCCCGCUAGCCCGGCCUUUGCUGCGAGGGGACUGGGCGAUCAUGCUUACACGCCGCUGCCUGUCCCUCUCCCUGCACAGGCAGCGGUGCUGCCGCGGAACAGACCUGCCUCUGCUUUGCCCUCUGCAGCACCGCGGCACCCUGCCACCGCCGGGCUUCAUGUGAGAGAUGGCGAAUGCCGAAGUGAGCGUCCCUGUGGGUGAUGUGGUGGUUGUACCAAGUGACGGAAACGAAGGGGAGAACCCGGAGGAUACCAAAACCCAAGUGAUCUUGCAGCUUCAGCCGGUGCAGCAAGGGAUUUACCAAGAGGGCUCUGAGGCCAGCGCCGCCGUAGUGGCCGUCGAAACCCACACCAUCCACAAGCUAGAAGAAGGGAUCGACCCCAGCACCAUUGAAACGAACGAGGAAAUCGAGAUCGCCUAUCCCAUCACCUGCGGGGAGAGCAAAGCCAUCCUGCUCUGGAAGAAGUUUGUCUGUCCCGGAAUUAAUGUCAAGUGUGUAAAGUUCAAUGACCAACUGAUCAGCCCGAAGCAUUUUGUUCACCUGGCUGGGAAGUCUACCCUAAAGGACUGGAAGAGAGCCAUUCGCCUCGGAGGAAUCAUGCUGAGGAAGAUGAUGGAUUCGGGGCAAAUUGACUUCUACCAGCACGACAAAGUUUGCACCAACACCUGUCGAAGCACCAAGUUUGAUCUCCUCAUCAGCAGCGCCAGAGCACCGGUGCCGGGGCAGCAGAGCGUGGUGCAGACUCCUACAUCAGCUGACGGGAGCAUCACCCAGAUCGCGCUGUCAGAGGAGAGCAUGGAGGAGGGGAUUGAGUGGAACUCGGCUCUGACGGCUGCCGUCACCAUGGCCACUGAGGAAGGCAUGAAAAAGGACACGGAUGAGAUCUCGGAGGACACGCUGAUGUUCUGGAAAGGAAUAGCUGAUGUGGGGCUGAUGGAAGAGGUUGUGUGCAACAUCCAGAAGGAGAUAGAAGAAGUCCUAAGAGGCGUCCAGCAGAGGUUGGGUCAGUCUCCCUUCCAGAUGACAGAUGCUGCUGUCUUGAACAACGUUGCCCACACAUUUGGCCUAAUGGACACAGUCAAGAAGGUUCUGGACAACAGGAAAAACCAGACAGAGCAAGGAGAGGAACAGUUUCUUUACACACUGGCAGAACUGGAGCGGCAGCUGGAAGAGCAGAAGAAACUUGCCAAGGACCAGAAGGCAAAGUCCCAAACCAUCCAGAACGUGGUGCUGAUGCCCGUCAGCGCUCCCAAGCCCCCCAAGAGACCCCGCCUGCAGCGCCCAGCCUCCGCCACCGUCCUCAGCCCCUCCACCCCCAUCCAGCAGCCUCAGUUCACGGUCAUCUCACCCAUCGCUAUCGCGCCUGUCGGACAGCAGUUCUCCGUGGGCAACAUCCCGGUGGCAACUAUUAGCCAAGGCUCCAGCCCGGUGACUGUUCAUACCUUGCCAUCUGGCUCCCAGCUUUUCCGAUACGCCACCGUGGUGUCCUCCUCCAAGACCAGCUCCUCCGACACAGUCACCCUCCACCCGUCCUCCAGCCUGGCGCUGCUGAGCUCGGCGGCCAUGCAGGACAGCGGAGCCCUGGCGAACGUGGCGGCUGUGGUCAACCCCGUGGAACUGGUGGCCAUGGAGUCCGGCCUCACUUCCACCAUCCAAGCUGUGGAAGGCACCUCGGACGACGGGCAGACCAUCAUAGAGAUCGACCCGGCACCGGAUCCUGAAGCGGACACGGACGAGUCGGAGGGCAAAGCUGUGAUCCUGGAGACAGAGCUGAGGACUGAGGAGAAAGUGGUGGGAGAUGUGGAGGACCAUCAGCACCAGGUCCAUAACGUGGAGAUUGUGGUCUUGGAGGACUAGUGGGGGAAGGCAAGCGUCAGUUUGGGGAAGAGUUGGGAACUUGUUUUAUUUUGGGCUUUUUUGUUAAGCAUCUUUGCCAGCCACCCCAUUUGUUUCCAUGGAUAUUUUCAUUGUACUGUAUAUAAUAUAUAUAUAUACAUUUUUUUUUUU